AUGGCUCCACAGAAGACGAGUGAAUAUGAACAAGACCAUACAAAGGUAGAGGAGGAAGCGGGAGAUGAAGUUACUUGUACAAACAGUGACUUACAACAACGCUUAAGGACUCUUAUAGAUAACUGGCAUAAGGACAAGGGAAAGAAAGAAAAAGACUGGAAAACAGUGUGGAAGGAAAUCCUGCAAAUGGUCGAGCCACUCUCUAAAGACAUAUCUAACUAUAAAGCAAGUAUGGAAGAAACCUAUUGUAAAAACCCUAAGGACCCAGGCACCACAUGGACAGAGGCAGAUAGGAACGCGUGUAUGCUCAUCACUGCAGGAUUAAAGCAUAUAUACGAAAUAAACGUGGACACGAGCAAAAAGGGUGAUCAGGCCAAUAUAAAUAAUAGAAAUUUCAGGGCCACUGCGGCAUGUAUCAUAUUAAAUGAACUCAUAAGGAAAUUGAAGGAUAAGGAAAAAUCUUGUACCCAGAGGAUAAGCAUAGAGGCAGGCAUAGAACAAGCCUUUAAGGUCAGUAAAGAAAUUAAAGGAACCGUAUGCAAGAAAGAUCCUACUUGUUUUGAGUGCCAACAACAGAAUUAUUCAGACUGUAAAAUGGGAAAAGAACAAGUUAGGGAGAAAUUAAAAGAGAAAUUCAAUAGCGACAAAAAAAUACAAGAAGCACUGGGAGACAUAUAUCCACCUUCCAAACCCAACUCCACCUCUGGAACAGCCACUCUUACUGAAUGGUUCCCACUAUUUUCGAAAGAUGUAAAUGAUGAUGACAAAGAGAACUAUGAAGAGUUAAAAACUCUACUAAUCUUAUGUGAAAGCUUGGAAGGAGAGCUUGGUACCGGUAUGGGCAAGUAUGUACCAUUUUGUGAAGUUAUGAUGAAAAACAUAAUGCUAGUUACAGGCGUUCCAAAGGAAUAUAAAAACAAAAAGGGACAAACACCAUGUGAGAAGAAAGUGAAAAAUAUUCCCUUAUGUGAUUUAUUAAAAGCAUGGAUGUGGUAUAUGCACUGGUUCUGUGUUCCUAGUAAUGUUAUAGAAUAUGUCCUUAAGGGGGCGAAUGGUGUAAGGAAGGACUUUAUUAGCAAAGGUGAGAAGUAUGAGGAAUGUGCUUAUGAUUCUGCAUUUAAGAUUCCUGUUGGAGACAGAAGGUAUACGGUAGGUGAAGCGCACGAACUAUUUUCCAAAAGUACGUUGCAUACUAUGAUGAAAGGAUUAACUAAGAAAGAAUGGUGCGAAAACGAUAAAUGGGAAUAUCGGAUCCGUGUGCCGGAGGAUCCAAUCAAAGCACGAGUGGAUGAAGAUGAGGAGGACAGAAUUAUCAGUAGUAAUGACAACAAAAAUAACGUGGAUGAAAUUGUGCACAAAAUUGAGGAAGGAUUAAAACAGGAAGACGGAGGGGGAGUGGAAGAGGAAGAGGAAAGGGGGAAGUCUAUAUCAAGUGAAACGGACGAGACAAAGAAGAAAAUAGAACCACAGGAGGAAACUGUCUCUAGGGAGAAAGUUCCUCCUCGAGAAGAAGAUCCUCCUCGGGAAGAAGGCGAACUGGACGACGUCGUCGAAGACGACGAGGAGGAGGAGGAAGCAGAGUCAGAAACAGCGUCGGAGAACCCUGAUCAAACAAGUACAUCAGAUACAAAGGCCCCUGAGCAACAAGACACACGAGACACCCAGGGCGAGAGUAAGGAAGAAGCAACCCACGAAGAUGAACCAGCCCUUCCUAAGGGCAGCGACCAGGGUGCUUCCACCUCCAGCAGCAGUAGUUCUUCCUCAUCAGGAACAGAACAAUUAGGGGCAGGUGGACAAGGGAAUGAUGCCGAAGUCACCCCUACUGCUGCCUCACUCACUGACAAGAUUGACCUCCCUACCCCAUACCUUCCUUUAAUUCCAUCGGUGACUGGUAUCCUUGUUAUGAGUUAUCUCCUUUGGAAGUACUUUGGAAUGCUUCGUAAGACAAGAAAACGUUACAGAAGGGCUUAUAAAGUACAUGGUCCCUCCUUAGAACAGCAGAUGGUUGACCAUGUGGAACAGCAGGAUGGUCCACGUGAAUAUUACAUUGUGAAGGAACGCAAACCUCGUUCAACGCCUAUAAAAAGGAGGAAAAAACGCGCUGAUGGUCGUUCUGGUCGUCGUCGUGGUGUACUUCGCCGGAUGAUUAUUGAUAUUCAUUUAGAAGUCUUAGACGAAUGUCAAAGGGGGGAUACUGACUUUAUGAAAGAAGACUUCCUUAAAAUCAUUGUUGAAGAAUUUAUGGGUCUUGAGUUCAUAAAAGAAGAAAAUGUUCCUAAGGAAGAGAUUCCUUUGGAACAGGUUCCAAGUUCAGAUUCCGGUUUUAGGGAAGAAGACUUUGUUCCUAAGGAACGGGUUCAAAGUUGA